AUGGCCACAUAUGUUGAUUUUGCGACAUUGGGUGUGGUUUGUCCUUCAGGAAACCCUGCAAAUGAUCUUGUUGAGAUUAUCAACAACAACCGAACAGCCCAUAAACUUUCAAAACUAAAUGACAGUCCUGGACUCGGGUGCAUUGCACUGCAAUAUGCCGAAUUGUGCAAGGGGAACUGCUCUAUCAACAACACUGUAAACUGCAAACCAUCUGAAGAUGACUUCACCGAAGUUUUUGCCCCCGAUUGUGGUGUGGAACUACCAACUUUCAGCACCAUAACUGGCCACAUUGUGGGUUGCCAAUCCAAGUAUCUUGAGCCAUCACUAGCUUUUGGGCAUGUUCUUGUUCGAGACAGCAAGGCUUUAUCAAUUCUGAGAAAUAAAUCACAUACCGAGGUGGGUGUAGGCAUGGUUCGGGUUCAUAAAGGGCCAUUCUUUUGGAGUGUUCUUUUCAGCAGUGGGAAGACAAACUCUACAUUUGUUCUUGAAAAUCGCGGUGCAGGGAUCCAGCAAAAGAAAGGGUGCUAUAGUGGAAGCAGCAUACCAUGCAGUGCAGGACAACAGAAUGCUUCUCUGGUUUUGAACAAUGUUAUGAUCAUGGGUUUUCUAUGUGUUGUUUAUCUUUUGAAACAGUUUCACUUCAAUUUGUAA